AUGACAGAUGAGGACAAUCCAACUGAAGUGUGAACAGAUGGAUGAAAGGCAUACAAUAAGUUAGAAAAUGAUGGGUUUCGUCAUAGAGUCGUUUUUCAUAAUCGAUCAUUUGGCAGCGGGAGGGAGACUACUAAUCAUAUCGAAAACUUGUGGAGCAGAUUGAAGAAGUUGAGAGCAUUUUCGAAUGGGUUUAAGGCCAACAAUGAAGAGGAUUUGGACGAUUACGUAAUGUAUUUUCAAUUUCUUUUAACCCAUAAAGGUUUGGGUAGAAUUCCUGCCUUUAUUGAAGCAUUAAUGACCUCAAACUUCUAA